GACUCCCCGCCGGGCGGGGCGAGGCGGGCCGGACGCGGCGCUAAGAUGGCGGCCAAGGGCUCGCACUCGCACGUGAAGCUGGAGGGGGAGAUCGAGCGGUGCCGGGCGGAGGGGCACUGGGAACAGCUCCGACACCUGGCCCAGCAGCUGCUGUCGCUGGCGCGGCCCCCGCGCAAGGUGGCGGCGGCGGGGGGCGCGCAGGACGCGGAGGACUACGGGAGUAUGCUGCUUGCAGAGGCUCUGCUGGAAGAAUGUUUGAAGGAAAAGUUUGCCAAACUGAAGGACUCCAUUCCACUGACAGAGAAGAAUGAGCCAAAACUGAGUGAAGCUAAACAGUAUCUGACCAAUAUCUUAAGCAGAGGAAAGCUACGACCUAAGUACAUGACAGAAGCUAUGCUGAUCCUAGGAAAGCUUCAUUAUGUGGAGGGAUCCUACAGAGAUGCCAUCAGCAUGUAUGCAAGAGCAGGAAUUGAUGACCUCUCAACAAAAGAUGAACCUCUGUACAUGCUGCGUUUGGUAACUGAAGCCUUUGUUAUUAAAGGUCUGUCACUGGAGCGCUCAACCAACUCAAUUGCUUCACGUGCUCGACUGUGUGAAAGAGAGGAGGAAGUCAUGGCUUGUUUUGAGACAGCAUGUGUCAUUGCCCAGGUGUACUUGCAGGAGCUUGAAAAGACCUUAAACAACACACAUUCAAGGAGUAUCAAGGGCAGCAACGUGACUUACUCUGAGUUUGAACUUUCCUACUUCCUGGAAGCAGCUCUACAGAGUGCCUACGUGACUCAUUUAAAGAAGGGAAAUAUUGUGAAAGGAAUGAGGAGUCUGCGAGAAGUACUACGGACUGUGGAAACAAAAUCUACUCAGACCUUCAAAAUGACUGCAGCCAAACAGCUAGCCCAAGUACUUCUCCAUUCCCUCAGUGAAGACUGUUACUGGAGCCCUUUAUCUGAUCUGCUUCCUGAGUUCAUGAACAAGGAAGAUCAGUCUUAUGUUAGCAGUCUUUGUCGGAGGCCUGAGCUGUACACAGAAGAGAAUGCAUACUGCCCUCAAGACAACGUAGAAGAGGCUCUUCUUCUCCUCUUAAUCAGUGAAUCCAUGGCAAACCGGGACGCAGUGAUCAGCCGAGCCCCAGACCAGCAGGAUGACCGAGCUAUCAGCCUCCGGGAUGCUUCUGCAGUCUACGACCUCCUCAGUAUCACGCUGGGCAGAAGAGGGCAGUAUGUCAUGCUUUCUGAGUGCUUGGAGAGAGCCAUGAAGUUUGCAUUUGAUGAAUUUCACCUCUGGUAUCAGCUUGCCCUGUCCAUGGUGGCUUGUGGAAAGUCAGCAUAUGCUGUGUCAGUGCUCAAAGAGUGUGCUAAACUGCGACCUACAGAUCCCACCGUUCCUCUUCUGGCUGCCAAGGUCUGCAUUGGGUCACUGCACUGGCUGGAAGAAGGAGAAUACUUUGCUAAAAUGGUGAUAGACCUGGGUGAGGAUGCUGGCGAGUCCCUAGCAAAGGGUUACCUGGCACUGGGCCUGACAUACAGUCUUCAAGCUACUGAUGGUCUGGUGAAGAAUCCAUUGAAGACAGGGGAAGCUACUCUGAAGGGCACUCAGGAUGAAUUAAACAAGAAAGCACUUCAGACUUUGGAGAGAGCACGUGACUUGGCCCCAGAAGAUCACCAAAUCAUCCUCUACCUGUCACUGCAGCUGGCUCUUGUCAGACAGAUUUCUGAUGCUAUAGAACAUCUUCAAGAAGCACUGCAGCUGUGCAAAGAUGACUUGAAUUCACUUCAUCUACUGGCCCUCCUUUUUUCAGCUCAGAAGCACUAUCAGCAUGCACUGGAUGUUAUCAACAUGGCUGUUGCUGAAUACCCAGAAAGCUUUAGCUUACUCUUCACCAAAGUAAAACUGGAAUGGAUACAUAAAGGACCUGAAGAGGCUCUGGUGACAUGCAGACAUAUGUUGCAGAUGUGGCAGAUGGUAUAUAAUGUUUUACAGCACAGUGGCUCUGAGAAAGGAAGUAGUGUGACAGAAACACCAGUGAUCAAAAAGCAUAAUGGACUGCAUCUCACACUCCCGGAUGCUCAUGAUGCUGACUCUGGAUCACAGCGAGCCUCUUCCCUUGCUGCAUCAAGACUGGAACAGGCCAUGUCCGAAAUAACUAUGCAGAGCAGUGCAAUGAAGCAAGGACCUAUGCAGCUGUGGACAGCUCUUGAACAAAUUUGGCUACAAGCUGCUGAACUCUUCAUGGAACAACAGCAUCUCAAAGAAGCAAGCUUUUGUAUCCAGGAGGCAGCUAGUCUUUUCCCCACAUCUCAUGCUGUACUGUACAUGCGUGGGAAGCUUGCAGAGAUGAAAGGCAAUUUGGAGGAGGCUAGGCAAUUGUAUGAUGAAGCACUCACAGUGAAUCCAGCUGGAGUGGAAAUUAUGCACAGCCUGGGCCUGGUGCUGAGCAGACUUGAGCGGAGGGACCUGGCCCAGAAAGUCCUCAGAGAUGCCAUCCGGAUCCAAACCACCAGUCACAGGGCCUGGAACAGCCUUGGAGAGGUCUUGCAAGCUCAGGGGAAAAAUGAAGCAGCCAUCGAAUGCUUCCUCACCGCUCUGGACCUCGAAUCCAGCAGUCCUGUCAUCCCGUUCACUGUCAUACCCAGGGAGCUGUGAAACUUUGCCCUACAGCUAAGCACCUUCAUUCCAUGGCCAGACACCAAAACCAACCAAACAAACAAAGAAAAAGCCCAACAGAAAAGUGCCAUUGUAACCUGGAACUGGGCAAAAUAAUUCCAGGAUGGAGCUCAGGUCUACAUGCUUAGCUGAGACAAGGCUAACCGUAGAAGAAUUUGCAACAGGCAGAAAUAGAGAAUGCCUUUUUCUUCACAGGUGCCUGGCUAAUCUCCUGUUCAAGUUAAUAGCAAAUCUUAUUUCAAACUGUUGGUUCAGGGUGACUGUCUGUAGAAAGAUCAUGCUAGGGUACAGCUGUUCAAAGCACUUGCACCUUUCAAUUUUCAUUAAAGAUAAAAACCCCAAGCCCUGAAUUAAAGCCCAGACCUGCUCUGAACAGGAGUAAAUGCACCAACUAGCUUGACCAAGUUGUGCUUAAGCAUAUGGCUACCUCCACACAGAUCUGACAGGACAGGAAUGACAAUUAAACCAUAUAAACAUGCAGUAUAUGCUGUUUACAAAAUUAUUUCAGCUAUUUUGAUAAUCCUUUUUCCUGCCUUGCUCUUAUAUACUGCAUAUGCUCACUAUAUUUAGUGUGGCGCUUGCCUAGACCAAUUUAAAUAAAAAAUACUUCUUUUUUUAAAAGCUGCUAUUGCAGUAUUAUUCACAAAAGCAGAAAGACCAAAGACCAAAUCAGUUCACACUUGAACUAGUAUUAAAAACAUUUAUGUAUCUCCAAUUACAUAUAUUUGAAAGGCCUUACAUGAAGUAGCUAAUUAUAAACUCUGAGCUUCAUUCUUAUUAAUCACCUAUUGCAUCACUUUUAGUGGGAAAUAUAGUGAUUACCAGUAUAUAGUGACUGAACUCUGUGCUCUACUGCAUUACCAUUCCUGGCACAAAAUAUUUUCAUAUCCAUCUUUUCAUGAUACAAAAGAUGGCAGCAGUCUUUUAAGGGAAAGCAUGCUGAAAGCAGUAUGUGUAUAUAUUAAUUACUUCUUUCUUAAAACUAAAACCUUUGAUUGUCUGUAGAAAUUUCAUAUUAGAGGUACAGAGUUGAGCCUUCAGCAAAGCAGGAUAAUUUUGCGUAUCCUAUCAGAUGUAGGAGUGAAGAGCUCCUAAUCUGCACAGCCUCCCCACAGCUGGCACAGCCAGGGAGGGGGACACAGCUGCCAUACCCCCUGCUAAGCUGCUCCUUAGCUGUGCUUGACGUCCCCGGGGCCUCAGCAGCAAGGCAGAGCUGUGCCUUGCUGUCACACGGCAUGUGAGAGCCAGUCCUGUCCAGACCAGUCCCAAGAUGAAGAUGAUGCAGAAGUGAGCUGCAGGCACUUUUCUACACAAAAGGUUGGGGUUCUGCACCCGUUUCUGUCCAAAGAAGAUUUGUGACUAUGUCAUAAGUAGGUUUGCACUAAAACACGCUUUGUACUAUAGUUCUGCCCAGUAUGGUGAUCCACAACUAGUUCAUUCUGGAAAUAAUAACAUCCUCGGGCAAUAAAUGAGUAGGGGUUAUUUCUUAAAGAGCCUGAGGCUCUGGCAGCAGACUUGAAGUCAGCGUUGUUUACAAUUAUUUGGAAAUCUGCAGGCUAAUGGAGAGGUGGGGCCCUUGCACUGCUCCCAGACCACACCAUUGCAGAGCUCCUGCUCCCAGCCUCCCCUCCAGGUACUCAUGCCGAGGGAAGUACACUGCCCUUGGGUUUCUCUCAGCAGCCUGUUGCACUCCCAGGCCAAUAUUUUUAUUUUUUCCCAUUAAAUCAUGCUGGUGCAAUAGCCCAGCUUAUUCAUCUGUUCAUCGAGAGGUCUGGAGUGAACACAACACAGCCAUGAAAUGUGCUCAGCCCAUGAGGUCUCUGCCUUUCCAGUGCCACACAGGCACCAAAAUGGGCUUUUUAGGCCAGAGGCAGGUUUCCAAGGAGGCAGUGUUACCCGGACGCAUUUCUUGUUUGCAAUAGCACCAGCAGCAGAGGAAGGAGUAGGUGUUAAAGUACUAGAAUUAAAUGAGUUUCACGAAGACAAAAAGAUGCAGCAGAGACCCAUUUUGCUGUGAAGGAUGCUAUGAAGUCGGCUUGCUCUGCACUGC